AUGACAACCAUCGAGCGUCCCUUGUCGGCUGGCAGGGUAACGAUAUCCCUCAUCUUUCGGAUUCGCAUAAGUUAUCGGCCUUCUGCCUCGGAAAUCAUCGUCAAAGCAUAUGUUAAAAUUUUGCUGUCGACUACUAACAACGAGAAGAAGGAUCCGUCGGAAGUAGACUCACUAGACGAGCCGUAUGACUACGAUUCGAUUAUGCACUACGGCCAGUGGGCCAUGCACAAUUUCGCAAUGACUGAACAGAUAAGGUCUGAGAACCCGAACGCCAAAAUUGGGCAGAGGAAGAAGCUCAGUGAGGGUGAUAUCAAACAGACGAACAAGCUCUACAGCUGCCCUUAGUUACUUCUGGUUAAUGCGAGCGUCUGCAAGUGGAGGAUCGCAGCACGAAUUAGUGAUCACAUCUCUUUAAAUUUCACUCGAUUCCAUUUGCGUCCCACUGAUAGACAGUAUCUGGUCGAGGGUUUCCAAACGUGCGCGGCCGGAUAUGUGGAGGUGUAUGAUGGAUACGAGGGCAACUCAGAACUACUU